AUGGAGCACAUGUCUCUUCUACACAGCCAGUCUCGUCCCAGAAGCCCUUGCCUCCAACAACCUCUCCUCAAUCUUCAACACAACCUUCAACCCCUCCUACUCGCAACGCAGUCCCUCGCUUUCCUCGAGGUCCUGCACAGCGUGGUGGGAAUCGUGCGAGCCUCAUUCUUCACGACCGCGAUACAGGUCGCUUCGCGAUUGCUGGUGGUGUGGGGAGUCCUGACUCCGUUUGGUGGGGAGAUUGUUGGUGCUAGGGGUACACAGGUGGGCGAUUAUGCGUACUUGGGAUGUGUGGGGGCUUGGGGGAUUACGGAGGUGAUUCGAUAUGGGUACUUUGCGAUUACCCUUUGUGGCGGAAACGUGCCUGCUUGGUGGACUUGGUUGCGGUAUAACACUUUCUACGUGCUGUACCCUAUCGGUAUUACCAGCGAGUGGACGCUCAUUUUCAAGGCUCUGGGCCCUGCGGGUGAUUUGAGCCCGCUGUUCCAGUACAUCUUGAUUGCCGUGCUGGUAAUCUACUUCCCGGGCACUUAUAUCUUGUACACUCACAUGAUCGCCCAGCGUCGCAAGGUUCUCCGUGGCAAGAAGCGCACUGAUUGA